AGCAUGUUGUUUACAUCCGCCUCGAUAAAGUUCUGCUGAGCAGUAUUACAACCAAAGACAGUUGUUGCUGCGAAGGGACGCUGCAGCUUGUGUGGACAUUACCAAACGGUGCUUUGGGUGCUGAUUAGGUGACAUUCAGCCAUGGCUGAAAAACCAACGGGGGAAAUCCAGCUACUGAGAAGCCUGAAGAUUAAACUAAUAUCUAUCCUAAGUGCUGACGCUGACUAUGUACUGCAGUGUGCGGACUCUCACUUUCUGCUGUCCCGCCGUGGCUACCAGCAGGUUAAAGCUGCCUCUGUUUCCAGUGAGAAGGUGAGGGAUCUGCUGGACCAUGUCAUCGAGAGAGGGCCGGAGGCAGCGCAGGGUCUUCUGGAACUGCUGAAGGACAAUGAGAUGCAAAAUACCUUCCCAUUACUUGCUUUCCUCAAGGACACACAGCUACCUGCAGGUAAAGAAACAGCUGUGAAGAGAAAAGAAACUACUGAGUCAGAAGACAGCCCCCCUCCUAAAAAGAUAUGCCAGAACAGUCCUGAUUUGGUGACGGAGAGGCAGCUGAUGCUUGUGGCUCGUACUAUUGGACGCUCCUGGAAGGAGAUUGGCAGACUGGCACUGAGUGUCCCCUCUGUGAAAUUGGAGCAAAUUGAGGAGGACUGUCCAAACAACCACGUGGAGCGAGUAUUUGCCAUGCUGCGUUACUGGUGUGCAUGCAUGCGGGAAAAUGCCACAGCUGCUCACCUGCACUCCCUGCUCAGCCAGGGAGACUGGGCACUGUCAAGUGAAAGCAUAGACUUCCUGUUGAAGAAAAGUUGACAACCUCACAAACUGCUCUUGUGCUAGAGAUAAACUGAAACUUUUUGUAGGAAAGGUGAAUGCGACAUCAUUUUCUUGACUCUUACCCCAAUUCAAACAAAAAUACUCUUAAUGAUUCAACAAAAGGAAGUCACACUUCAAGGUUUAGGACAAUGACAUUUUCAAAUUACUUGUCUUAAACCUAUGUACAAAUGUAAAAUUACAUUUGAAACCCUACAUUCCUUGGGCAAGAUGCUUCAUGCUCAAGGAUGGUUUGUCCUUCAGCACACCUAUAUGUCCAUAUCAGGACCAAGAAAUGCCAAGUAAACACAUGAAAAAAAUAGUAUUUGCAACUCUCGGGAGCUGCUGAGAUUCAUGUGAGUACAGGAAGUCCAUGGAAUUAAAAAAUAUGAAGAGAGAGACAAUGUUAUAACUAUCACUUUUUA